CGCACCCGGGCGGGGCCGGAAGUGGCGCGAGAGGCGGAAGUUCCCCCGCCCCGGCGCUCCCGCUCGCUCGGUCCGUGGGGCUGCGCCGCGCCGUUCAUGGAAGAGAUGUCGGGAGAAAGCGUGGUGAGCUCAGCAGUGCCAGCGGCGGCCACUCGCACCACCUCCUUCAAAGGCACCAGCCCCAGCUCCAAGUAUGUGAAGCUCAACAUUGGCGGUGCCCUCUACUACACCACCAUGCAGACCCUGACCAAGCAGGACACCAUGCUCAAGGCCAUGUUCAGUGGCCGGAUGGAAGUCCUCACCGACAGCGAAGGCUGGAUCCUCAUCGACCGCUGUGGCAAACACUUUGGGACCAUCCUGAACUACCUGCGGGACGGGGCUGUGCCACUGCCGGAGAGCCGCAGGGAGAUCGAGGAGCUCUUGGCUGAGGCAAAGUACUACCUGGUGCAGGGGCUGGUGGACGAGUGCCAAGCAGCCCUGCAGCAGAACAAAGAUGCAUAUGAACCGUUCUGCAAGGUACCAGUCAUCACGUCCUCCAAAGAAGAGCAAAAACUCAUAGCCACUUCCAACAAGCCAGCAGUGAAGCUGCUCUAUAACAGAAGCAACAACAAAUAUUCCUACACCAGCAACUCGGAUGACAACAUGCUGAAGAACAUCGAGCUCUUUGACAAGCUGUCCUUGCGGUUUAAUGGGAGGGUGCUCUUCAUAAAGGAUGUGAUUGGAGAUGAGAUCUGCUGCUGGUCUUUCUACGGGCAGGGGCGGAAGAUCGCCGAAGUCUGCUGCACUUCCAUCGUCUAUGCUACUGAGAAGAAACAGACAAAGGUGGAGUUCCCGGAAGCCCGCAUCUACGAGGAGACGCUGAACAUCCUGCUCUACGAGUCGCAGGACGGGAGGGGACCCGACAACGCGCUGCUGGAGGCCACGGGGGGGGCUGCGGGGCGCUCCCAUCACCUGGAGGAGGACGAGGAGCGGGAGCGCAUCGAGCGCGUGCGGAGGAUUCACAUCAAGCGCCCGGACGACAGGGCCCAUCUGCACCAGUGACUGCUGCGGCGCUGCCCGGGAGCGCUGCCCCUCCUCUGCUCCAGCUCCCGCAGCACGGGAGCAGCGCUUCCCCUCGCGCUCAACGCGGGCUGUACAUUACGUUUUGUAACAAACUAGGUUAUGUUGGGGGUAUUUAAAUGCAGUAGUUGUAGGGCAAGGAUCGAGGAGGUGACUGGGCAGCCCAUAGAUACGGUAAGGACCUGUUGAGCAGCUGGAGAAAUGCCCUGAACUUACAGCACUCUUGUCUUUGCUAUAGAGAGGAAGGGGGCUGGCUUCAGUAGCUAUCCUGCACUUUAAACCAUAGAGUCAGCCACACAGCUCCCCUCUAGGCACUCCCUGACCCUCUCUCUCCUCCCAGGCAGAGAACUGGGGUGAUCUGAACACACCUGAGCUGCUGCAGAGCUCCCUUCUCCCUGUACCAAUAGGGUUGGUGGCUCAGUGACUCCCAGGAGGACACGGGACAUGUGCUGACUUGAUUCCUAUAGUGCUGGGGAGCUGCUCCUCCAAGGGUUCAGUGGAGCUUCUACAGCUCUGAGCUCUUUAUCCCUUCUCUUCUUUAUCUGAAUGGUUCAAGGGUGGAAGAUGUUCAGAUUCCUCCAGAAGGAGGCUCGGGAGCAAACUGCAUGGGAUUGCUUUUCCUUAGGGUGGUGUUGACACCAGUGAGUGCUCAGAACUUCUGCCUGACCCUGGCUC